AACUCUAAAGUUGUUAUACAGUAUUUUUUUUAUAGAUUUUAUAAUUAAUAACACCAAAACAAGCUUAAAAUUGUUAUUUUUAGAAACAUCAGAAGUUGGAACGGAACGAAAUUCUGACAUUUUGAUUGAAGCGUCAUGUGUCAUGUAUCGUUUCCCUCCUUUUCCGUUUGCCCGGUCUGUUGUGUUGUAUCGCGUCCGUGGGUGCUGUGCAAUUUGAGACUCUUAAAGGUAUAUUUUAGUUUUAUCACAUGAUAAACACAUACUCAGUGAUGAGUACAUACUCAGUGAUACAAUUCAGUGAUCAAGACGGCGGAUCAAUAUCCAUUGUAAAGAAUCAGUGGAUUACGCCAAGGCGUCGGGAGGUAUUUUGGCCACCCGUCAAGGGAUCUAAAGCUUUUGAAAAGGUGUUGGCGGAUACCAAAACACCGGAUGAGUAAUGGAAACGAUACUUCAUCCAAAGAGUUUUUUGUGUGACUGGUACGUAUAUAUUUAUUUUAAGAACCACGUGGAUUUUGCUAUUGGUAAGUCACGUACUUAGAGGUAUGGUAUCUGGAUGCAAUAUUUCUUGAUUAACCGAGAGCUUACUAAUGUUGGUGGAAGUUUCCGUUUUCUGUGAUAGUUCAGUUUUUCGAAGAUAAAAUAUGUAGAGUCAUUGCGUUAAUUUCCGUACAGAUUAUCAAUUAAUGUAAUUGAUUUUUAAUUUUCUAUUUGCGACAUAUAAUUUUAUGUAAAUAGAUUGAUAUAUUGUUUUGACAUUAAUGAUUGCAAUAGGUACGUACAAAUUUGUGCAGCAAAGUACGUUUAUAUUCAAAUUUCGUCAAGUGGACGAAAACUAGUGCCGGACAAAAACCAACACACCUACAUAUAGGUAGUAUUCUUGUUGGUAUAUUGAGUAAAAUAUGUUACGUUACUGUAGGUAUGUCACAGCAGUGUUAUGGAUUUAUUCGGAUUUGUUAUAGUAUCUUGUAAGUUUACAUAUUCAGCAGUAAUCUUAAUUACAAACAGUAUAGCAAUAAUUUAGUGAAGUUCCGGGUAAAACUUAUUACCGGGUAAAAAAAAUAUUUUCGAUUAGUUUAGCGAUACACAGACAAAGAGACAGAAAGAUAGAGUUGCUUUCACACUUAUAAUAUUAAUAUGGAUGGACAGCUUAUGGUCAUUUUCCUAAACCUAUUGCUGAGACAAGUAGCAGCAUUUUUGGGAUAAUUUUACCUUGCAUUGUGUCUGUAUUAACAUAACUUCUGUAGUGUCCAGGUAAAUGGAUAAUUGACUGUGCUACUAACCACUUACUACCCUGUUCCUACUUCAUCCUACAUAUUUACCAAUAACCUUGUUUUAAUUGACUGAGGGAUGCAUUAUGUUGUGUUCAUUUAUUAUUUUUGCAUGUUGUGUGUAUUUUUUAUUUUAUUUGCAUGUAAAGACGAUAUAGAUAAAGCCAAAAGAAAACUGAAACUGGUCGAGGAGACAUCAGACUUACAGACUGAAGCAGAAGAAGAACCAAAUUUUAAGCGGAAAAGAAAUAACAGAUAUAUUUCCACAAGCGAUGAAGAUGACGGUCACAUAACGCCACCACCAAUUAAGAAAAAAAUCUUGAACAAAACAGCUGCUGCUGAUUACUAUAGAGAUAUCCGUCAGGCUCAGCCAAACAUUACCCGAGAUUCCCGGGAAGCCCCUUCAACACCAGAAAAAACCCUCUCAUUGCUGAAUGUAGUUGACGGGCUUCCUGUCUUGACAAACAGUGUCCUGCAAGAUUUAACAGAAGACGGCGAGGGGCGGCUAACUCCGGUUUCACGCAUACGUAGUCCUUGGUCGCGAAAAGAACAACCACCGAAUCUCGGCAGCGACGUGCCAGCAACGCCAUCGUGCGGUCAAGGAUUAAAAGGUUUGCAAGAUACAGUGGUGUCACUACUGACCCACAUAAAGGCCCAGAAUGAUAUAAUCAUCUCUAUUUUGCGAGAAAAACAUACAAGAUUGGAUUUAAAACCAGAGUUCAAAUUUCCCAUCAAAACUUCGGAGGAGUUGAAAAUUGUGGAAAAAUUAUUAACGUCACAAGAAAACCAUGCUAACGUGGUAGCCUACUUCAAGAGCCUUGGUGGACAGGGCGUUAAUAAUAAAGUAUCUAGAGUUAUGAAAGUUGCAUUGUCUGACUCUAUGGCAAGCAAGUACAACUUUUACGGUAAAAGAUCAGACAAGAAGCCAUUUGCAGAACUACGUCUCCGGGCGUGUGCAAAACCAUUCGAUGUAGAAGGAACCCACCAUCAAUUACAAUGUCACUGCCAGCAAGCUUGUUGUGGAUCAGACUCUGGUGAAAACAAAUUCGGAUUUUAGAAGAAAUUCAAAGUGGCGGCCGUGUUUACAAUCUUUGACUACGAAUUCAUAUAAGGGUAUCUUUCGGAUCCUCAGAUGUAAUUUGUUAUCGUGACUAGAUCAAAUUUUCCGUCGGACGUACCGUUUUUGAACUACAAGAAAAAAACUUAAAAAUAGCAAAAAAAGUUCCACAACUUCUGGAAUGGAGCAAACUCGGAUUACACAAAUUUAGGAUCAAAUAAAGGUAUUAAGACGAUUUGACUGGCCUCUUAAAAUACUUAAAAAGUACCUUGUUAAUAUGUAGUUUAUAUGUUAUUAUUAAACUACUAGUUCCUUGAUGUA